AUGGGAAGUACAUUUAAUCCACAAAUAUUGAUGGAGAAGCUGGCUAAGCUCAAUAGUUCACAGCAGAGCAUUGAGACUUUGUCAUAUUGGUGUAUAUUUCACAUGAACAAGGCAAAAGAAGUUGUUGAAACAUGGGCAAAACAAUUCCGAUGUUCCCCACGUGACCAACGCUUAGCUUUUCUUUAUCUCGCAAAUGAUAUACUGCAAAAUAGUAGGCGAAAGGGUUCCGAGUUUGUUGGGGAGUUCUGGAAAGUUCUUCCGGAUGCACUUCAUGAUGUCAUGGAUAACACCGAUGAUUCCGGAAAAAAUGCCGCUUUACGCCUGGUCAAAAUUUGGGAAGAAAGAAAAGUUUUUGGGUCGCAGGGGCAAAUUCUGAAAGAACUUGUUGGAAGACAUGUAGAAAGUAGUAACAGAAAUGAGAAGCACUCGGGGUUAAAAUUGCAACAGUCAGCUGGAAAUGCAUUGGAUAAGAUAGUGUCAGGGUAUCAAAUUAUUUAUGGUGGUCAACUUGAUGAAGAUGCUAUGAUUAGCAAAUGCAAAAAUACCAUUACCUGCAUUGAAAAAGUGGAGCAAGAAAUCCGUGGUGAUGUUAGAUCUGCACAAGUUAAUGGGUUGGGUGUUGUGGAAGAGCUCAAGGGGCAUCAUGCUACAUUGAGAGAUUGUAUUGAGCAUCUUUUAUCAGUAGAAUCAUCUAGAAUUAAUCUUGUUUCUUAUCUGCGGGAGGCUCUUCAGGAGCAGGAAAUGAAGCUGGAUCAAAUCCGAAAUGAACUCAAGGCUGCACAUACACAAUCAGAAAAAACCGAUAAUUUCUGCCGCCAGUUAAUGAAUCCCGGUGCCACCAAAUUACUCCCGGAGCAGACCACAACCACCACCACCACCACCACUAAACCCCACAAUUACAUUCCCGGAACCGGAGAACAGUCUGCAGCGGUAAUCUACACACGCCAAACUCCGAUCACCGAGGAGGAAGCCACCAAAUCUGCCGCCGCCGAAGUGGCGGCAAAGCUCACCGCCUCCACAUCAUCCGCCGAGAUGCUCUCUUACGUCCUCUCUUCCUUAGCAUCCGAGGGCGUUAGCGUAAAUUCCGCUACAGAAUCCUCCUCAAACAACCACCCUCCCGAAAAACGAGCCAAGAUCGAGACAACCGACCACCACCACCAACCACCGCCACCAUCAUCUCUGCCACCUCCGCUACCUAUGCCGCCAAUGCAAGCUUACCCGCUGCCGCCGUUCAUGGUGGCGGUACCGUAUAGCUAUAACCAGCAAGCACCACCGCCUUUGCCGGGGUAUCCCACCGUUGGGCCGCUAAUCAACAGUGGUUCUUCAUACACACCGGCGGUGGUGCCGCCGCCACCUGGCGGUUACCAUAAUUAUCAAAUGGAAGGUGGGUACACUAGCCAACCGAUGGCACCUAUGUCUAGACAGUAGAAUUGACUUCGCGUAUGUAAUUGUAGUGUAAACGUGUUGGAUAGUGGUUGGAGAAUUUGUUACAUUAGAAGGUUGAUUUUCGCACAUUGUUUGUGUACAAAUGUUAUAUACUUGUAACUUGUAAGGAUAGUUUUUGCUACUAGAUUUUGAAGAAAAUACCCAACUUAUUAAUUUAUAUUUACU